AUGCCCCAAUCACAAACUAUUGUAGAAGGGUGGCUGUCGCUUGUGAAAGUUUGCCGAAGGAAACGAAUCAAUUGUGAUGGUGCCAAACCAUCUUGUGCUGGAUGCUUGAGCUACGCGGAAAACUGCGAGUAUAAAUAUGAUAAGGAGAAACGCAAUCGGUCGUUGACACGAACAAGGCCACCAACCAAGCAGCACAUACAAGCUCUGAAUGCUCGUAUUUUUUUAGAGUUACAAUUAGCACAUUAUCAGCCCCAAGGAAGAGGCAUUAUUAGUGAGAUAACUCACCAGUUGCAGAGUCAGGAUGACAAAGUGGGAAAUAAAGAUAUUUCCGGGGCUCAGUCUCAAUACCUAGACCCUAUUGAUGAUAUCACCGAUGUCCUUGGGGGCCUAAGCAUUGAAGAAGGCGACCAGCCGCGGUACUUUGGCUCGCGCAGCAAUCUCAGCUUUAUGGAACGACAGGGAGCAAAGCCCUUUACCUUUCGCCAAAACCCAAACCCGCCAUUACAGCCAAUUGAUAACCCUUGGCAGAAUUUGGUUUAUCAAAAAGUGUUUCUCAGGAGUCUGGAAGCUCGAUUGGAUGAUGGAUACUGUGCUCCGUUGCUUCUUCACUCCAUGCUAGCCUUGGCAGCGAGAUACUCUGAUGAUCCUAAGGUCCGCACUGUCCCUAAUGGUUCGAGUACUGCAGGUGAUGGUUUAUCCCAAAAGGCCCAGGCUCUCCUGUUCGAAGAGAUCAAGGCCCCACGAGUUUCAACGAAAUGA